CGCGCUGGCUAUCCCCUAGAGCGAUCUUUCUUUGUUCUCUUUGCUAAGCUCCCUUUAUUCCCGCCAUUAAACUAUGCCCUCGCUCCACUAGCCAGCAAAUUCGGCCCAAUCCUUCCUUUUCCUUCCUUCCUUCCUGCCCGUACACCACCCUCCGUCCCUCCCUCCCUCCCUCCCUCCCUCCCCUGCUUUGAGCGAAAGAUCCUGCCAGGCUGCCUGCGAGGCCGAGGCUCCCGUCCCGGGUAUAUAUCUCCCGCCUCCCCCUACACACUUUCCUUACGACAUCGUCCACACCCGACUCGAGCAAGCAGCAAACAGAGACGCAGAGGGAGGGAGAGUGGUUACUUACUGCCUGAGUGCCUUGUGCUGGUUAGCUUCGAGCUUCAGCUUCUAGCGCAUGGCGGACAUGGGGGCGCGUGACAACUUGCCCUGCUCCACUUCCUGGAGAGAGCUCACACACACCAGCUGGAGGGACGACGAUUACAGGAGGAUGGUGAUGGCGAGCCUGAUCGAGGCGGUGUACCUGCUGGAGCUGGAGAGGCAGGAGCGGCGGGACGCGGCGGAGGUGGCGCAGCAGUGGUGGAAGCCCUUCAGCUACCGCCUCGCGCACGAGCUGGUGGACGAGCGCGACGGCUCCGUCUUCGGCGCCAUCUUCGAGUGGGAGGACCGCCACCUGCUCGACCGCCGCGGGGAGGAGGAGAGGCCCACCGGCGCGCCCAGCGCGGUGAUCGCCUUCCGGGGCACGCUGCUGCGCGCGCCGACCAUCCGGCGGGACGUGGAGGACGAGCUCCGCCUGCUGGCGUGCAACAGCCUCCGCGGCUCCGCCAGGCUCCACGGCGCGCUGCAGGCGCUGAGGGCCACCAUCGACAGGUUCGGGUCCGAGAACGUGUGCCUCUGCGGCCACUCCCUGGGCGCCGGCUUCGCGCGGCAGGUCGGCAGGAUGCUCAUGGCGUCGCGGCAGCAGCAGCAGCCGCAGCCGCCGCAGCAGCAGCAGAACCCCGCCGCGGCGCUCGAGUUCCACCUCUUCAACGCGCCCUACCUGUCGCUGCCCACGGGCGUGCGGAGGGUGGUGAGGACGGCCGACUGCCUGCUCAAGACGGUCCGCACCGGGGUCGCCGCCGUCGGCAGGUGGCACGGCAAGGCGCUCAAGAACGUGGCCUACGCCAACUGCGUGCUCGGCUACACGCGCCUCGACAGCGACGGCAGGAGGUUGUUCGAGUGAGAAGAGAACAUGCUACGCCAACUGCAACUGAUCUACCACACCCAUGACUGACGCCAUGACUCGCCUGAAGAGAGGGAGGGAUCCAGCGCUGAAAACGUGCGACUGUACUGAAAAUCUCAAACACGCGGCACGCAUCUCGAUCAUGGAGGCCAUGAUCCCGAACGAGCGAUCUACUCUAUCUACCAGCUUGUACUAGUAGGAUUCAAUUUCAAGGAGACAAUAAGCAUCUUGCCCGGCACGAGGAUGCACGGCUUAGGUAGCUAGCUCAUUAGCCUGCAUGCUUGCUCUCUAGUCUGUACAUGUUAAUCUCUUUUCCACUGUCAAUUGUGAAUUAUAUUACUUAUCA